GCAAGACAUAAACCGGUGAACCAGAUGCUUUUCUUAGGCCGCACGUUUUUCAUGCCCCAUGAGUGUCGACAUACAUGUCGCCGGCGUGGCAGGGCAGUUGUGCCAUUUGCACGUGAGCUCACUCACCCGAGUGUCGGAGGUGAAGAAGGAGUUGUUUGAGAAGCUUCAGGUGCCCGUGGAGCAGCAAAGACUUCUGCUGGGCGAUCGGGAGCUGCGAGAUGGAGACGCUCUUCCAACGAGGUCUUGUUUGGACCUCACGCUCAUCAAGCGGCCAGCCGAACAAGCGGAGUGGCGCAAGCAAAUGCAGCAGGGCAUGGUGGAGAAGUUGAAGGAUGCGCCUCGGCACGUGAAAGAUGAUCGAGAGAUUGUGAUGGCUGCUGUCUCCGUGGCAGGAUGCAGUUUGGAGCAUGCAACGGCCCAAUUGCAAGCUGAUCCAGAGAUCGUCUUGGCUGCCACAGAAAACGAUUGGCGUGCGCUGCAAUUUGCGGAUGGAUCGCUGAAGAGCAAUCGGCGCAUUGUCCUGGCAGCAGUGCAACAGGAUUGGGCAGCGUUGCAAUUCGCCUCCCCGAGUGCUCGCGGCGAUCACCAGAUUGCAUUGGCGGCCAUGGCCCAGGCAUGGGGCGCCAUCUUAUUUAUCGACCACGGAUUGCGAAAGGAUCGAGCUUUCCUCUUGUCCGCGCUCUCCGCGGGGCUUUGCAACUUGGAGUUCGCGGCCACCGGUUUGCGCGGCGACAAGGAGUUGGUCCUUGCGGCGGUGAAACAACAUGGCCUCUCCUUGGGUGAUGCCGAAAAGGCCCUGCAAUCCGACCGUGAGGUGGUCUUGGCAGCCCUUUGCCAGGACUGGCAGGCCCUUCGCUUUGCUUCGAAGCACUUGCGUGAGGACAAAGAAGUGGUGCUCGCAGCUUUGCGCUCGGAUGCUCGUGCCUUGUCCUUGGCCUCGGCGAAGCUGCAGAACGAUCUUCAAUUCAUGUUGGAAGCCGUGCGUCAACAAGGCCUUUCGCUGGAGUUUGCCUCCCAGCAGUUGCGAAGCAAUGCCAAGGUGGUGGUCGCAGCGAUCCACAGCGAUGCGCAAGCAUUGAAGUUCGCCUCGGCCAAGCUCCGAGGGCAGGAGGACAUUGUCUUGGACGCGAUCGAGAAGGAUUGGAGGGCCUAUUUGUAUGCUUCUGCAGAACUCCUUGAAGACAGCGAGUUUGGCUUCAAGGCAGUGCAGAGGAGCUGGAGGAUGUUGAAGGUCUUGCCCCCCGCACAGCAGUCCCAGCGGCGCAUUGUGGAGUGCGCCGUGCGGCAGAACGGCCUGGCGCUGCAGUGGGCCUCCGAGGAGCUACGGAGCGAUCGCGCCAUCGUCCUUUUGGCGGUGCGCUGCACCUGGCAAGCUGCGCGCUUCGCACUGGGCGCCGCGCGCGAGGAUCGUCAGGUGGUGCUGGCGGCUGGGCGCUGGCCGCGCUCGCGGUCGCCGCGGCGGAGGUGCAGCUAGGCUCACCCUGCAGUCUCCAGAUCCAACAGUCGCGGGUGCCAGAGUUGAACCGACCUCGUCACGACGUGGCCUUCAGCCCCAGAGAUGCGGUGAGCGGCCUCGAAAGGAUGCGACGGAGCGCGUCACAAAAGGGAGUGUGGUCUGAGAGACUGGGGUGAGCGUAGUACAUCCAGGUAGAUUCAGAUGAGGACUUUUUAGAGUAAAACCCAUCGGCCAAACGAA